UAUGUGUAUGUCUGCUUUGUCUGAUUUUAGGUUUUAGGCGGUAUGGUAAAGUUUUUUUUGUAUUGUAAUUAUGAAGUAUUUUAUGUGUUUUGGAAGAUGCAUGUAUGUGAUACGAUGACUCAGGUUAAUCUAUUGGGUAUGUUGGUGUGGGGAAGAUGUGGGUCAGUUUUAUAUUUUGAAGCCAGGGAGGGGGUUGUUAUGGGAAAGAUAUUACUGUCUUGACAAGUCAUUUAAUGUAAUGACUUUUUAGUAAGCUUUGUUGACCAAGGGUAGGAAAUGUGGUUUUGAAUUUGUUUGAUAUAUUUGUUGAUGUUUGUGUAUUGUAUGUGGUGAUCAGUUGUUUCUGUUGUUACUUAUAGGGCAGAAGUGUACGGUAGGGACAAGGAUACCUAGGCAGGAAGGAUUUGGAUUUUGCCGGGGAAUACUAAAAAAGUAUAUGGUUGUGAAAACCCAAGGUGAACAUUUAAGAGGCUAGACGCCAGUUAGCAAAAUCAUUGUGUUUGAGUAAACAACAUUGUAUUAACUUCAUUUAAUAAAAUUUAAGGGGAAGAAAGUCUCUCAGACAUAACAGUACCGCAAAGCGCAAUUACACGGAAGUCCUGCAAAAAAAAAAAAAACCCCGCUCGGAGGGGGAGAAACUUUGGUAACCCUGAACGAGAAGGUGAUUGGCGCCCAGUUUAAGAGUCAUUUAAAUUUGAUUGGAGGGGGGCACUAGGCGGCAACGAUUUUUUUCCAUUGCAUGUCUCAAUCAGGUCCUCUUUCUUCCCAUAACUUGUGGUUGUUGGGUGCUCUUGUAUUGCUUGUUUCGGUUACUGUGUAAGUGAGUUGCUUGUCUAACAAUGUCUGGUCGCGGUAAAGGUGGGAAAGGUCUCGGCAAGGGAGGUGCUAAGCGCCACAGGAAGGUUCUUCGCGAUAACAUCCAGGGAAUCACAAAGCCCGCUAUUCGCCGCUUGGCUCGCCGUGGUGGUGUAAAGCGUAUCUCUGGCCUGAUCUACGAGGAGACUCGCGGUGUCCUGAAGGUGUUCCUGGAGAACGUUAUUCGUGAUGCCGUUACCUAUACCGAACACGCUAAGAGGAAGACGGUCACCGCCAUGGAUGUCGUUUAUGCACUGAAGCGUCAGGGUCGCACUCUUAGGUCUGGUGUGCUUAUAAGAGUACGCUCCAGAGAGCCUUGAGUUUAAGGAAAGCUCACUUGCCUAGUUGUCGUGAUGGCUCGUACCAAGCAAACCGCUCGUAAAUCUACCGGCGGCAAAGCUCCCAGGAAGCAGCUUGCCACCAAGGCUGCACGCAAAAGUGCCCCGGCUACGGGCGGCGUGAAGAAACCUCACCGUUACAGGCCCGGCACGGUGGCUCUGAGAGAGAUCCGCCGCUACCAGAAAUCCACGGAGCUGCUGAUCCGCAAGCUGCCGUUCCAGCGCCUGGUGCGAGAAAUCGCCCAGGACUUCAAGACUGAUCUGCGUUUCCAGAGCUCCGCUGUCAUGGCUCUGCAGGAGGCUAGCGAGGCUUACCUGGUUGGCCUGUUUGAAGACACCAACUUCUGCGCGAUGUCUGGGCGUGGAAAGGGAGGAAAAGGUCUUGGUAAAGGAGGUGCUAAGCGCCAUAGGAAGGUUCUUCGUGACAACAUCCAAGGUAUUACGAAGCCUGCUAUUCGCCGCUUGGCUCGCCGUGGGGGUGUAAAGCGUAUUUCUGGCCUCAUCUACGAGGAGACGCGCGGUGUCCUGAAGGUGUUCCUGGAGAACGUUAUUCGUGAUGCCGUUACCUAUACCGAACACGCCAAGAGGAAGACGGUCACCGCCAUGGAUGUCGUGUAUGCACUGAAGCGUCAGGGUCGCACUCUGUACGGCUUUGGUGGCUGA